GUUUGGAAGGGCUGCCUCUCUGCUGCGGUACUUGCACCAUGACUGCACUCUGCUGUGUAUGGGAUACUGGGGAGAGAUUGAGUCACUGAGGAACAACUGUAUGAUGUACAUCUUGGGGAGAACAUGUUUACUGCUGGCACUGGGGCUUUUCCCUUGUGUGAGUGUGAUCAGAGCAGAACCUCCAGUGUCAGUGACAAAGUCAGUUUGGGUCUGGACCGGCAAUACUACAGUACUGAGGUGUCACCAUGAUCCCAAGGACAGUUUGAUAAUGGUCACAUGGAAGGUGCACCCACUAUAUAAUUCUCACUGUUCCCUGUCACUGAUUUGGGAAAACCUGACCAAGAACAACAACUGCAGUGAGAGGAUGAGACAGGAGAAUAUUUCCCUCAGGAUAGAGAAUACGGCAGUAACAGACCGAGGCAACUACUCCUGUGAGAUUGUAACUGCCCUUGGGACCUUCUUCACCUCCGUUUUAUUAGAAGUACUAGUUCAGCCUUCAGUGACGUUGGAGCUAAACAAACUUGGGGUUCCUGAGUGCCGGGCACAUGGGGGGAAUCCAGCAGCAAAUAUCUCGUGGACGCCAGAAGCAGUUGGUUCCAUCAGUACAAACACAGCAAUGCAGCCAGAUAGGAGCUGGACAGUUACCAGCACAUACACUGUAACCAGCAACAAUGUCACCCAAGUCACUUGUCUUGUGUCUCAUCCCACAUUUGUACAACCUCACGUCUCAUCCAUCAGAAUAUCCAGCAGCACAGCCGGCUUGGGAAAGAAACUUGAGUGGAUAUACAUAACGAUCCCCUUCAUCAUUGUAUUUAUUGUGGGAUCGAUUUUAUGCUGGAAACAAAGACUCAUCAGAAAUUGCUUGAGGAGGGGGCUGAAAUGCUCGUCAGGAACGGAAGAACAGAACAAGGAAGAGAUGGAACCGUACGCAAGCUUCACCCAGAGAAUGAAUACCGUUUACAGCACAGCCUUUGAGGCCAGACAUACAUUUACCUGACCAUGGACAAUUAUAUUUCCGGUCAAUUCCAACGAAUGCCAGAACUAUUCUGUCCUGGAUGAAUUUCUGGGCUUUCUAUGGAAUUCCUGAAGUUCUGCCUUUGUUGACAUUUGCUGAUAAGAAAUGGAAAAAAGUUUCACAUAUUGAAAAAACUUUGGAGAUCAGAUUGUGGUGGGUGACGGAAUAUAGUAACACUGCUCCAUAAGUCAUUUCUAUAUCUUUAGACUUGUCUUAUUAUUAUUAAAGAGGUGCUUCACCUUUAAGUUCACUUUUACUAUGUUAUAGAAUGGCUAAUUCUAAGCAACUUUUCAACUGGCCUUC